GAUUUUUAGAGCACCUCAGACGACAUCCUAAAUGGAUGAUUAACAUCACAAUGGCAGAAGUCACCGUGGAGAAUGGCAGCUGUGUGGACUGGCAGAAGCGAUGCCUUGUGUUGGAGUCCCAGCUCUUCAAAUUCCGCUUGCAGGCAAGCAAGAUCCGAGAGCUGUUAGCUGAGAAGAUGCAGGAAUUGGAACAGAGAGUGAUAGAAGCAGAGCAAAGAGCUGAGGAUGCAGAGAAACAGGUCAGAGUUAUGGAAGAGAAGAUAAAACUUGCCAAUGCGAAGACUGGUGAAUCUGACAGCACCCUGCACAAGAAAUACCAGGAGCUGAUGUGCACAAUGCAAGGAAAGGAAGAUCUGAUCAACAAAUUGGAGACAGAGCUAGCAAAACAGAAACAGCUGAGGACUGAGGAAGCCAAAAUUGUUCAAGAGAAAGCUGCCAAGAUCAAAGAGUGGGUAACAUUUAAGCUCAGGGAGCUUGAGCUAGAAAAUUACCACCUGAAAAACUGUAAUCAGAGACUGAUGGAGCAAAUUGAAGCUCUUCGGGAUACAUUGCAAGACAUGACCAGCAUUCCUCCCUUGGAUUCUCUUUGGAGCUGUGAUUCCCUGAAGCCUCAAGCAUCAGGAGCCUCUUUUGCUGAGAAGAUAGAGCAGAAAUCUGUGCUCCUUGCACCUGGUUUCAGGGAGGUGUGUCAGACAGGACCUUCCAAACAUGUCCUCUCUUCAGCAAACAUAGUCCUUGCCAAUGACGCCAUUACUGAGAAUGGAGAGGAUAAAUCUCUGCUUUCCCAGAGCAUGCUGAAGCUCAUAUCUGACCCAUCAAGCUGGAAUCUCUCCACAGAGAGAAAUGUAUUUCCAACUGUAAGUUCUGAACAUGGUUUAGGGUGCUCUGGUCCCAUAUCACUGGACCCUCCAGCUGAAACCACAAGAAUUCUUGAGGCUUUGACCUUCCAAUCAUCUCUGGAAGGAAACUGUAGUGCUGUGAGCGCCUUGCAACAAGUGGGUUUGGAUAGCACCUGCUUCUCUGAUGAUCUGAGUGCCAGAUUCCAUUCCCACCAGCUGGACUCCUCUUCCUCAGCAGAAAUUAUGAGCAUGCUUGAGGGACAUCUCCAGACUGCUGAGCCACCUCUGGUUGUGUCAACAUCAGCUGUUACAGCACAUUCCUUCUUUCCAGGGAGGGAGUGCAGCCUUGGCAGUAGUAUGACCUUUCCAAAAAUACGAACACCCAAUACACCAAGAGGCAGUAUCCAGCUAGCCAAGAGACACCACAGCCAACCACAGUCAGGGGCUAAUUCUUUCCAUCGUGUAAUGCACUUAGAGACUAGCACUUCCCAGCCCAUGACAGACCCUCCAGUCAGCUCUGGGCACGUGGAGGAGACAGACAUUGAUGAUGAUGGAGUAAUGGAGAAGAUGGAGACGGAAUGUGGCCUGCUGAGGGGAGAAGCUGCAGCGUGUGAGGGAAUGUACCACUUACCUGCAGAGCAAAGAGAAGCUGUGAGUUCUGAGUCUGGCACACUUGACCCGGGAUGCAAACCUCCCACACCACCGCUGCACCGAUUCCCAUCGUGGGAGAGCCGAAUCUAUGCCGUGGCCAAGUCUGGCAUGAGGCUGUCUGAAGUGGCCAUGGUGAAUGAUACUUCCAGCUGCUUUUCCAAUUUCUCGUGUUCAACUUCUGGGCCAUUCACCUAUCUCAUCUACAGAAAUGUCACAGUGCCAGUCUACACUACACUGAAGGGGAAAGCCACACAGAUCAGCAAUGUGCCUUUCUUAGAUGAGUCUUCAGGCUCUGAUGAUGACUGUGGCUCCCAUGCCAGUUUCAGGACUUCUGCUGCUGGAUCUGAGAACAGGAAAGCUAGCAUGCCAGGCAGCCCCCGGGCCGUGAAGAGAGGUGUGUCUGUGUCCUCACUGAGCUCUGAGAGUGACUAUGCCAUCCCUCCUGAUGCCUACUCCUUGGAUGGUGACUAUUCAGAGCCAGAGCACAAGCUACAGAGAACAUCUUCCUAUUCCACUGAUGGUGGGAUCUGCUCUGAGCCCAUGGAGAAAUCAGGCUACUUGCUGAAAAUGGGCAGCCAGGUAAAGACGUGGAAAAGACGAUGGUUUGUUCUCAGAAACAGACAAAUCAUGUACUACAAGUCCCCGAGUGAUGUUAUCCGCAAACCACAAGGGCAGCUGGAGCUGAAUUCUUCAUGCCAAAUUGUCAGGGGUGAAGGGUCCCAAACAUUCCAGCUUGUGACAGAAAAGAGAACCUACUUCUUGACAGCAGACUCUCCCAACAUCCUGGAGGAAUGGAUUCAUGUCCUGCAGAGUAUCCUGAGAGUACAAGUGAGCGGUCCUGUUGGUGUUCCUCACAGUGAUGCUAAACCUACUGUGAAAGGCUGGCUCACUAAGGUCAAGCACGGUCACUCUAAGCUGGUCUGGUGUGCACUGAUUGGAAAAACUUUCUACUACUAUCGAAAUCAUGAAGAUAGGUGUCCCUUGGGACAUCUGCCUCUGCGUGAGUCCAAGGUGGAAGAAGUAGACCGCUCCUGUGACUCUGAUGAAGAUUAUGAAACUACUGGUGGAGGACUUCUCUCAUCCCACUGUACACUGGUGAUUCACCCACAGGACCAGAGUCCCACAUAUUUACUUAUACGCACCAAACAGGAGAAGAACACCUGGCUGUACCAUCUGACCGUUGCAGCUGGUAGCAGUAAUGCCACAGUGGGCACAUCUUAUGAACAGCUCAUUGGAAAACUAUUGGAUGCAGAGGGAGACCCUAAUUCUCCUCUGUGGAAGCAUCCUAUGUUGUGCUACAGCAAAGAUGGGUUGCACACAUCCCUCACUACUCUGCCAUCAGAGGCUCUACAGACUGAAGCCCUGAAACUUUUUAAGUCCUGUCAGCUGUUCAUCAAUGUUCCUGUGGAGGCAUCCUCUAUUGAUUACCAUGUGUCACUUGCCCAGACAGCACUGCAGGUGUGCUUGACACAUACUGAGCUGCAGAAUGAAAUUUACUGUCAGCUUGUUAAACAGACUAGCUGCCGACAACCCCAGAACCACUCAGUCAUUCAGUGCUGGCAGCUCCUGGCUUUGUGUGCUCCUCUGUUUCUGCCUCAACAUCACUUCCUCUGGUACGUCAGGCAGCACUUGCAGCGCCAUGCAGACCCCAGGAGUGAGACAGGCAAGUAUGCCAUCUACUGCCAGAGAUCCGUGGAGCGCACGGUGCAGGCUGGAGAGCGGGAGGCCAAGCCCUCCCGCAUGGAGAUCGUGUCCAUCCUGCUGAGAAAUCCCUACCACCACUCACUCCCCUUCAGCAUCCCAGUGCACUUCAUGAAUGGAACGUACCAGGUUGUAGGUUUUGAUGGUUCCUCAACUGUUGAUGAAUUCAUCCAGAGACUGAACCAGGAAACAGGAAUGAGGAAGCCAUCCCAUAUGGGAUUUUCUCUGUUCACAGAUGAUCCUUCUGGCAGGAAUUUGGAACAUUGUUUGCCUGGCAAUAUGAAGAUCUGUGAUGUAAUUUCCAAAUGGGAACAAGCCUUAAAAGAAUUGCAUCCUGGGAAAUAUGAAGGUGGCACAAGAAUUGUAAAGUUGACCUACAAAAACAGACUGUAUUUCCGGAGCCAGGCCAAAGGUGAGACAGACCGUGAGCGGCUGCUGCUGGCCUUCCAAGUGAGCAAUGAGAUAGCCAAUGGAAGGUUUCCUGUUAAUAAGGAAUUAGCUCUGGAAAUGGUGGCUCUAAUGGCUCAGGUGGAAUAUGGGGAUUUGGAUCGACCAGGAUCUUCAAGUCCUGGGGGACCAUCACAAUUGAAAAUGCAGCAUCUUCUCCACCAGGUUUUAGAUAAAUUCUACCCCAAACACUACAAGCAAAACAUUACUCCUGAACAACUCAGGCAGCUGACCGACAGGCUGGCGACAAAGUGGAUGGUGCUGCAGGGGUGCUCUCCCCCAGAAUGCAUUCGAAUUUAUUUGACGGUGGCCCGGAAAUGGCCUCUCUUUGGAACCAAAAUAUUUGCUGCUAAGCCUAUUUUGCCUUCCUCCCUGGAAGACAGUCCAGUCUGGAUAGCUGUGAACGAAGAUGGUAUCAGCAUACUGGAUUAUAACACAAUGCAUUUGAAAGUCUCUUAUUCAUACUCCUCUGUGCUGACCUUUGGAGGCUGUCGAGAUGACUUCAUGAUUGUAGUCAGUAAAAUGAAAGAAAGAAGUUCUGGAAAAGAUAGCACUGAAAAACUCCUCUUCACAAUGGCAAUUCCAAAGCAACUGGGACCGAUCUUCCCAGACAAGCUCUGCCAUUCUGACUUGACAGAAGCUGCUUCUUUUAAACUCCUUCUUCUUUCAUGUACCAUAAGCAAGGAGGAGGUAGUCAGAAAUUGUGUACUCACGUUCUUCUGACUUCCCUAAAGAAUGUUAGUAGGUUUGAUUUUCUUUUUUAUCUGUUUCAAAGUGACUUCAUUAUGAGAAAAUUAUUGAAUUUUAAACAAAUAAAGGAAAAAUAUCAAUUCUUCAUAAAAAAUCUAAAUCUACUUAGUUUAAGUUCAGCUAUUUUGAGAAGCAUUCUAAAAAAGCUAAGGAAGAAUAACUGCACUUUGAAAAGUACCACAUUCAACUUCAUAAUAAUUAUGCAUUCAUGGGCAGCUUUCCCAAAUUAAAACAGUAUUAAUCCAACCACUGGACCAAAGUCAGUAAUAGCAAACCAGUUAUUUGCAAAUAAACAAACCAACCAUACCAGUGUUUUUACUCCUUAGUUCCUGCCACCCAACCUUGACACAUCCAACUAAUGCACAUGGGGGAGCCGAUAGAUCAAGGAUUUUUUUCAUGCUUAUGAUGGGUGCAAGGCCACAGACUAAAAGAGAAGAGCAGGGGGCAGACAAAAAUUGUUCUAAGCAAUCCCUCAUCAGCAUCUUUGUAAUAUAAAACAAAAAAAAAAACCCCAAACAACCAAACAAAACAAACCCAACCCCAAACCAUCCUCUGGUGAGUUAUAGAAACAGUAUGGCAGACCUAAGACAGGAAAAGAUUCUAUGAACUGUGACCUGAUUUGCACAUACUGUAAUGUACCCCCUUGUUAUGAAUUUAAAGACCAUCCCUUGAAGGUACAGAGAAGGGUAGAAGUUUUCUGAGCCAAAAAUAACUUUAAGAAGAUAUUUAGUAAUUUUUGUUUUCCCUUAGAUACUUUCCAGUCUCUCUAUGUCCCGACAGUAGCUUGUAUUUCCCCUCUCUCUCACAGUUAUCUUAGUACAGCUGUGUCAGAUAGAAUACACAGUGUUACUCCUCCUCACUCUGUCACCUGGGCCUGACAAUUUCUCCUGUAUCUGAAGGUCAGUUUGACAAUUUGCUUCUGGUAUCCCACCAGUAACAAAGCUGCUUCAGAAUAGGCUGGAGCUGUCAUCGGUGCUGGGGACACUCAAGGCAUAGAAGUCCCCAGGCUCUAUUUCCUUGUGUCCUCAGAGACUUGAGGAGACUUGUACCAGGGCAAACAGGAAGCAGAGAUGUUAAAUAAACAGCAGCUCUCCUGAAACUCAUUAUUUUUUGCCACAAUUGCACUUUAAAUUGAGAAGUAUGAUACACAAAACUUUCUUUCUUCCUUAUUUCUUAAAAAUAUUCAUCAAUACUUGAGUGUUUCAGGGACCACCCCACUCUGAUGGAUGCACACACCCCUCCUAUUUAUAGCUUACCUGUCUUCAAACACCACACCCUGUGUAGAUACCUAUUUUGUAUGAUUCUUUGGUAGAGAAAAUAAUUUUUUAUUUUAAUCAAUGCUUUUGGCAAUGACUGUUAAUGCUGCAUAGAAUGAGAUGACAAAAGCCUUUGUGUUCCUAACUGCUGUGUCUAAGUAAAAGGCUGUCUGGAAGAUACUGUGAGAUUUCUGUUUGGUCUUAAUAAAAUGCAGCUCGUGAAUUAAUAA